CGAGCAACCAUCUGUCAACAUCAUGAAUAUCCUGCUCCUGCCUGGCGACGGCAUCGGCCCGGACGUGGUGGCCGAGGCACAAAAGAUCCUCGCGCUCUUUCCGCAGUUCAAGACAACGACCGCACUCUUUGGCGGCUGCUCCAUCGAUGCACAUGGGACAUCUCUCACUGACGAGGUGCUCCAGCAGGCUCUCGAUGCAGAUGCCAUCCUCAUGGGCGCCGUGGGUGGUCCAAAAUGGGGCACAGGCAAAGUACGACCUGAACAAGGCUUAUUGAAACUGCGCUCAAAGCUCGAUGUCUUUGCCAAUAUCCGCCCAUGCUCCUUCCCUGCAGAAGGCCUGCGUAAGCUGUCGCCACUCAAGGAGGACAAGACAAAAGGAACAGACGUGACGGUUGUUCGUGAGCUGUGCGGCGGAGCCUACUUUGGCGCAAAGCACGAAGCUUCAGAGCAUGAUGGCAAGUAUGCUAUGGACGAGUGGCCAUACCAUCUCUCGGAAAUUGAGCGGAUCGUUCGCGUGGCUGCCAAGAUGGCCCAGGAUGAGAAACGUCCACUUCUGUCUAUCGACAAGGCUAAUGUAUUGGCUACCUCGCGACUUUGGCGACAGACAGUGGACCGCAUUCGCCAGGAAGAAUUCCCGGAUGUAGCCUUUAACGGUCAUCACCUCGUCGACUCGGCCGCCAUGAUGGUUGUGUUGAACCCAACCAAGUUCAACGGCAUUUGCGUGACAGAGAACCUCAUGGGCGACAUCAUCUCCGACUGUCUCUCUGCUGUGCCGGGCACAUUGGGUGUGAUGCCAUCUGCCAGUAUCGCUGGUGCUCCUCCCUGCAAGGGUUUGUAUGAGCCCAUCCAUGGUAGCGCACCCGAUAUUGCUGGCAAGGGCAUUGCUAAUCCUGUGGGCACCAUCUUGUCCGUGGCCAUGAUGUUUGAGCUUACAUUCAGCUUGCACAAAGAAGCUGCCGCUAUUCGUGAAGCAGUGCGACUUGUGCUGGAGGACAAGGUACUCGGUGGUAUGGAAAUGCGUACACGAGACUUGCAGGGCACGCAUAGCACAUCAGAGAUUGGUACUGCCAUUUGCACCGAGACCAAGAGGAUCCUCGGCUUGUAGACUUAGCCUUGAAUAAAAAGCUGAUGCUGAUCCACGGAAAUGAGACGCUCCUCUGCCUUGCGGAUCGUCCCGGAGAUGCCA